CUCUCUCUCUCUCUCAGUCAGUGUCUCUUUCUUCUGCACAACUAUGACAAUGCGAAAGCUUCUCCCAUCCUCAUUCAUGUCCAUGCUAGUUCUCCCUUGUUUGUCCACUCUCCUUCUUCUCUUAAAGCCCCUUCUCAGAAUCCUUCACUUACAGUCAACAACACCAACCCACGCACAAUCAAUGAAUCCUACCUCCUUGGAAACAUAUCUCGCUGUCUGCAACAGAGCCACAUCCAUAUCUGAUACAAAUAUUGCCAUUUUUCAGUACAAACAAGUAGUUGGCGAGCAAUUACUGUGCAUUUUCUGCUUAUCAGAAGUUGGUGAAGGAGAAUCAGUCAGGCAACUAAGCUGCAGUCAUCUUUUUCAUAGCAGUUGCUUUGAUAAAUGGAUUGAACAUCGAAGAACAAAUUGUCCCCUCUGUCGCUGCUCGCUGAUUUUGUUGGAGACAAAGGCAGAGCAGCUUGAUCAUGAGAUUGAAGAUGAAGAAGUUGAAGAUUCUGCAACUCCUCUUCUAGCUUUUGUGCAGAGAGAAUGGUGGGGAGUUGUUCAUCCCUGUGGUUGAAUUGAAAGGUUUUGUUUUUAUUUGUUUUUUUAGCUAUUUUAGAUAGCUGGAUUUUAAGGCUAGCUAAGAGUGUAGAUCAGGUCUAAGUCAUUGUAUGAAGUAAGAAAGCUGGGAUUAACUUGCCUGAACUGUCAAUUUGCUUCUCCUCUUUCAUGUGAAAAAAAUAAAGAUUGAGGGACCUUCAUGUUUGCUUUAUGAGAUCAUGAGAUUAGUCUUCGCACUGUCUUGUCUUCUUUAUCUUGCUGGUGGACCACCAUAUUAAUUUAUGAGUGGUAGAGCUGUAAAGAUAAAGGUUUCUGAUCAUGUUUGUUGUUUUCUCUUUAAAGUAUAUGUAUAUAGAUUAUUUAUCUCUA